AUUAUAUUAAUAAUGGCUGAAUCAAUAUCCAUUCCUCAGAUUCCUCUCUUUAAGAACCAAGGAGUCAACUUUAAGUUCCUAAAAACUUUUGAAGAGUUUUUGAGAAGCCAGGAUCUCACAAACAAGAGCAAAAUUUUAGAUACCAUCUAUGACCACGAUGUAAUAAUCCACUAUAAGAAAGUCAUUGAGCUGGCUUGGAACAAUUUUCUAAAAUCUGGCAAUGAAGAGUCUAAAGCAGCUCAUGUCACUCCUGAGAGUAGCUCUGUGAUAUACAAUUGCAUUGUGGACUUCUUGGUAGGAAUCAGCAGCUACAAAAUCAAACUCAAAAUAAUCUUCGAUGGGAUCACUCCAAAAGCAUAUGCUGAUGUUAUCAGCACUACCUCAGAGGAAGAGGAAAGCCCUCAUAUUGACUCAUUAUAUCCAUACGAUAAUUUCGGUGCUUCAGAGCUGGUCAAAGCAGUGCAGGUGCUUAAAGAUAGCAAUUAUUCACAUACUUGCAUGUUUGCUCCAUACAACGCUACUCCACAGAUAUUUUUCCUUCAUGACAACUACUUAGCUUCAAGCAUCUGAGGAUACCCAGAUUUAUUACUUUAUGUAUACUACAACUUCAUAAUAGAUAUCGACCUCACAAGCGGAGAAAUAGAGUGGGUUAAAUAUAGAAAAGACCACAAUCUUAAUAAAAAGAGCUGACUAGCAAAAAUGUUCCUCAAUAAUGGGUAUAUCACACAAAAUGGAGAGAAGCACAAGUUUAAUACGGUGGAUAGCAUCCAGAGACAGGCCUUCAAAUGAAACAAUGAUGAUAAGUAUUUCCUCAAGGAUGAGAAGUUGAAAGGUAUCUGACAAAUCCUUGAGAAUCCUUUCAUUCUCAACCUUGAAUUUGAAGUCCAAGCUCUCUCUACUUCAACUGAUAGCAAAGCAGUUUACCAUCUCAGGGAGGAUAUCUACGGGAAGAGGCAUAGCAAGAUAGCCUACUUUUCCCUUUUCCUUGGCAAAUUUGCUCCAAAAGUCUUAGAUUUGCAGACUCUCGGACUAAAUGAAGAAGGAAAGUUGAAACCCCAACUCGUUACUCCUUUGGAGCAAAAGUAUUUAAAAAUUCACUCAGAUAUUUUCUCAAAAGCUACUCAAAAUAUAUCGUCGGCUUCUAGCAUAGAGGAAGAUAAAGAGCAAGGAUCCGACCUUUACGAUCCAUUGCUAGUGAAAAUAAUUAACUCUGAAGAAGUAUAUGAGCUAAUAGACGGGACUAACGAGAAGAAGCUAAACACAUUUAGAUUCACCUGAGAAUUGUUAAUGAAGUAUUUUGACGAAGAAAAAGAGACAGAGUCCUCAACCAGCCAGACACGUUUUAAUAAAAACCAUAUAUGGACAUUAAUCAUUCUAAAUUUACUUAAGGAGCUAAACUUCUAUACAGAAGCAGGAAUUAAGGAUAUUGCUAGUUUCUACGCCAAUGUUCAUGAUCUAAAUGAUGACCAACAUCUAUUCAUUAUCCUCCUUAUGAUUAAAACUGGAUUCUUAUUGGAUUUUUCUGCAGUAACAAAUUCCGAAAAAUCUCUCGAAGAAAAUGCCAUUAAUCUUGUCUGAGGGGUAGUAUCUCUACUGGAUAUUGAGCUUUCAGAACCAUGGAAUAUUUGCGCAAUCCAAGAGGAUAAAGAACUAAAGAGCUUUUAUUAUAUCUCAAACACACUCAAAGAUUCAAUUAGAAGUUACUUUGAAACCUCAUUGCACAGAUUGAUCCAUACAGAACAAAAAGUCAGACCAGAGGAGCAUGGGAAAUUAUUCAACCACAUAAAGUUCAAGGAUAACAAUGGACUAUUGUUUGCAACUAUUCUAAAAUCAGUUCUACAGUUUAAACCAUCCACAUCCGAGAAUCAGGAGUCUUCAUUUUCAGAUGCCUUAAAGCCAUGGCUUAAAUACAUCACUGCAGAGGACUUCAUUUCUGUGCUCAUGGAAGCUCUUAACUUAUGGGAGCUGGUCUUCCAAAUGGUAACAGAUCUCUCAGAGAAAUCAAAAAUAAGGUAUCUUGGCACAGCCUUCUCAAAUGGAAACCUAGUCCUAAAAAGCAAAAUUAACGAGCUAGGAAUUGAUAAGCUUCUUUAAGUUUUCAACUCUC